GAAAAACAGGUGCAACGGUCACGGUAUUGAGUACAGCUGUUGGGACGCCAUUACGUAAUGCAACGAUGAACUUCUAAUCGUGGCGGAAAAGUUAAACGCGGAUGUAUGGUGAUCAAACACAUUUGACGUCACGAGAUUCUUGACUUAAUCCGGCAAUUAAGUACUUGAUUUCACAUUUCCGGUUGGGAUUAAAAACGAAGAGUUUAAGACGUAAGGUCUAAACUACGAAAGUCCACUCAAUUGAACUGGAUGGCAAUCACGUGGACAACAGGCUGAAAGUCUAAUUUCCGAAAUCGGUGGUGUUGUCAGUAGUGAUGGCGGACAGAUGAGAUAUUAGAUAAAUAAUCAACCUACACGAAGUUUCCAGUUUCUCCCCCUGGCUGCCCCACCCACUAGUUUGUCGAGCAAAAUUGCAGCUUGCCCACACGCACAUAAGUUGAGAGAUCGUGAAUACUAGCGUUGGAAAUUCCCACUGCACUCGUUCAAACAAUGACGGAAAACUCGGGCGUCACACUGGAGCAGCAGGGUAUAUAUGGUUGGAUUCGUUUCUAAAAGGCAGAGGAUAGUUGAAACAAAUGUCAGUGGUAGUCAUGGCUUCAACCGUUCCCAAAAUCGCCUUUGUCUCCUUUUUUAUUUUCGUCCAGUGGAUUUAUCGUCCCACCGAUGCCUUCCCGUUUCGGAACGAAGCGCACGGAGAAAACGCCAUUCGCAAUUGGCGACCGUCUUCGACGAGAGAUCGUGAAUCGUUGCCGGACUAUCAGCCGCUCUGUCAGUCAAUCAAUCACAGGGUAGACCUACAGAAGGAUUCAGACGAACCCGAAUACGAAUUUCGACCGCCGUUUUACCAUUCGAUCGAGUGCAAACACACUGCCGACAAGCUUCAUCACCGCGGGCAUCACGAUGGCUCACAGAUGUGCCUAAAAUCAGGUUUGGCUUGCGUCCAACGCACCAAAACGAUUCAAAUAGCCAAAAGAAAAAUAGGGACAACUUGUUGGACUUUAUUUACCAAGGAAGUUCAUUCUGGGUGCGAGUGCAUGUGGCCUGUUCAUUCCAACGGCGAUUCCAAACACUUCACCUGAGUCGACCUACAUGGAUCUAUUCACGGCUAUUCGUCAAAUGCGUUCUACGUUGGUCUCGGAUCACGUCGAUCUGGUGUCCAGUAUUCCGAAUCAUCCGCUCAUUGUUUCGUUUUCCUUUUUAAUUGUUCUAAUUUGUCCAUGUCUUUUUGCUUCGGUCUUCGAAAGUUUCACGGAACUCAGCUAAAAAACUGUGCAAACAUUCGCGAUCUCAAGUGCUCUUUUGAGUUAAAUAAAUGAAUUUUAUGACUUA